UCGGCCGAAAUUUUGAAUCCCAAUGACAAAUGCCCAUUUUCACCCCAUUCUAAUCCCACCAAACUCUCCCAUCUUCUCUCCACACUUUUUAUUUUAUCAGGCCAGGCAACCAGCCCCCCGUGCAUGCUGGUUUUGGAGUAGCCCGUCGGCUCGAGGCUCGUGAACGAAUGCCAUUCGCAUCUUUCAACUCUUUGGUCGACCGCCGCACGCCGCCUCUUCAACUACCACAUAAUGGCCGACGACGAUUCCGAUUUGGAGAUUUUAGACUCACUUCCCGAUCACAUCAACAAUGACCGUCGUUCUGUACCGCCCCGCCGCCGCCGUCCCGCAAACUUCAACGGCAUCGAUAAUCAAACAAUUGGUCACGAACAUUUUAGAGGACCUCGACGGACCAGAGGAGAAAGCGCUCGCGAUUUGCCCAGCAUGAACGAAAGGCGACGCCAAAGGCUGCAACUCGAUGCCAUGCAAGAUCUUGCCCGCCAGUCAGACGCAGCACGCCACCGACCCCAGGCCGUCGACGUUAUCGACUUGACGGAUGAGCCGGAUAACGUGCCGCCGCCGCCGGCACCUCUCACACUGCCCCGAGUCGUACCAGACCCGAAUGGAAUACCCGCCCGUAGGAACGUCGGCUUCCUUGACGUCGUCAACAACCCGAGUCAGCAAUCAGAGCAUCCAAGAAACCCAAGGAGGCAGCAGUCGGGCCUAGCACGUACGCCAUCUCUGUCACGCAGCGACCCCAGCAUCGGCUUCGGCCGUGGUCGUUCUGCGAUCCCAGCCCAAAUGCACAUUGAUUUGACAGAGGACGACGACGUGCCGUCUAUCACAGCCUCAGCUGCAGGGCAGCAAAGUAGACACGCGACUCGGGGAUCCAUGCUCGAAACGCCUGCCAACAGGCCAUGGCUCUGGGGAAGACCCAGUGGCGCUGUCACGAGCGUGCUUGGGAUGUUCCUUGGCCUCGGUGGGAAUGCGAGUAGGAACACAGGCGCACCGGGAGAUGCGGCAGCUGGUGCAGCAGGCAAUCAUCGCCUCCGAGAGAUCAGAGAUAUUCACCAAGAAUUUGAGAGGACCCUGGAACUGAACCAGCUCAUACAAGGGAAUCGUCAGAGGGAUAUGUUGAUCGAGCUUGAUUACGGUGGCCUUCCUCCCAACUUUUGGGACGACCACACGCCCAACAGACCAAAGCCUGCGUAUGUGCCGCCUCCUGACGCGCCUGUCGGUUUCACUCGUGACACGGGGGAAGAGGUUGUCGCGAUUUGUCCUGGCUGUGACGAGGAGCUCGUCUACGACCCGGAUGAGGUCCGUGACGAACCAGAGGUUGCACCUACAAAGAAGCCUAGGACCAAGAAGGAUCGGGCUGAACAUCACUUUAUGGCGAUCAAAGCUUGUGGCCAUGUCUAUUGCCGGGUUUGUUAUGAGCGCAGAGCAACGCCCAGCAGCCGCAAAGGUGGCUCGGGACCACACUUCAGGCAGCUCCAAGACAGCACUAAACUGCUGUGUGCCGUGGAUGACUGUGCAUCGGAGAUCAAGUCAAAAACCGCCUGGCUUGGCAUAUUUGUCUAGCUGCUUAUUGGUUACCAGCUGUCAAACUGUCGGCAUUCAUGUGUGACCAUACCUCGGCAGCCACUAGCAGAAUACCCUUUUUGUCUACCUGACCCGGCUGACAACAGACUUCAAGGAAACAUCGAGACGGAGAGGUUAAUCUCUUCAAGAGAGCAAACCGGCUCUUAUAACUCUGCUUAUCCUGGUCUAAUUUCUUAUAUGUUCUUUCUUUUUUUUUUUUUUUUUACUUGUUUUUGUUCUCUGUUUAU